AUGCAAGGCAGUGGUAUGGGACGCGGUGGUAUGCAAAGCGGUAAUAUGGGAUACGGUGGUAUGCAGGGCGGUAAUAUGGGAUACGGUAGUAUGCAAAGCGGUAAUAUGAGAUACGGUGGUAUGCAAGGUGGUAAUAUGGGAUACGGUGGUAUGCAAAGCGGUAAUACGGGAUACGGUGGUAUGCAAGGCGGUAAUAUGGGAUACGGUGGUAUGCAAGGUGGUAGUAUGGGACGCGGCGGUAUACCAGGUGGUAAUCCUGCUAUCAUUCGAGAAUUGGAAUCUGAUUUGUGGAUUGAACGAAAUAUUCCUGGUGGAUUAAACAGUCCCAUGGGUGAAUAUCUUGAUAAUAUGAUUGGUGGAAAUCCAAAUCCAACAUGGGGUCAAGUUACUGGAGGUUAUCCUGGAGUUGGAGGUACUUUUGGAGUUGGAGGCUUUGAAGGAGUUGGAAGUUAUGGCGGUUAUGGUUCUGGUUAUGGUUAUUCAUACGGAGGAUACUAA